AUGUCUGGGGGAGGAGAUGCUAAGAGGAAUAAGAGACUCGCCAUAAUUGGUGUCUCUACCUUCUUAUUAGUUGCUAUGGUUGUCGCCGUCACAGUUAACGUAGGCUUUAACAACAAAAAGGAACCUGGAGAAGAAACUUCAAAAGAGUCACACGUAUCUCAAUCGGUAAAAGCCGUCAAAACACUUUGCGCGCCAACGGAUUACAAAAAGGAAUGUGAGGACAGUCUCAUAGCACAUGCUGGCAAUAUAACUGAGCCAAAAGAACUCAUCAAGAUCGCUUUCAACAUAACCAUUGCAAAAAUCAGUGAAGGACUUAAAAAAACUCAUCUCCUUCAAGAGGCUGAAAAAGAUGAAAGAACUAAACAAGCACUUGAUACAUGUAAACAAGUCAUGCAGCUUUCCAUUGACGAAUUCCAAAGGUCACUAGAAAGGUUCAGUAACUUUGACCUUAAUAGCCUCGACAGAGUCCUCACGAGUUUGAAAGUAUGGUUAAGCGGUGCCAUCACAUACCAAGAAACAUGUUUGGAUGCUUUUGAGAAUACUACAACCGAUGCUGGUAAAAAAAUGAAAGAGGUUUUGCAAACUUCUAUGCAUAUGAGUAGCAAUGGUCUUUCCAUUAUUAACCAACUUUCCAAAACAUUCGAAGAGAUGAAACAACCUGCUGGUCGUCGUCUUUUGAAGGAAAGUCUUCCUGAGUGGGUUGAUGACCGUGCCGGUGUUAGGAAACUUCUUAAUAAAAUGACUGGAAGGAAACUUCAGGCUCAUGUUGUUGUUGCUAAGGAUGGAAGUGGAAAUUUCACCACAAUCACUGAGGCUCUUAAGCAUGUUCCCAAGAAAAACUUGAAGCCAUUUGUUAUUUACAUCAAGGAGGGUGUUUAUAAAGAGUAUGUUGAAGUUACUAAAACCAUGACUCACGUUGUUUUCAUCGGUGAUGGUGGUAGAAAGACACGCAUUACGGGCAAUAAAAACUUCAUUGAUGGAGUUGGUACCUUCAAAACCGCUAGCGUUGCUAUUACUGGAGAUUUCUUUGUUGGCAUUGGUAUUGGUUUUGAAAACUCUGCUGGACCAGAAAAGCAUCAAGCAGUUGCCUUGAGAGUCCAAUCUGACAGAUCAAUUUUUUACAAAUGCAGAAUGGAUGGUUACCAAGACACACUUUACGCUCACACCAUGCGUCAAUUCUACCGUGAUUGUAUUAUCUCAGGUACCAUUGACUUCGUCUUUGGUGAUUCCAUUGCUGUUCUCCAAAAUUGCACUUUUGUCGUCCGAAAGCCAUUGGAAAACCAACAAUGCAUUGUGACUGCACAAGGUAGGAAGGAAAAAAACCAACCAACAGGAUUAAUCAUCCAAGGAGGUUCAAUUGUGGCAGAUCCCAAAUACUAUCCAGUUAGACUCAAGAACAAAGCUUACUUGGCUCGUCCAUGGAAGGAUUUCUCAAGAACUAUCUUUUUGGAUACAUAUAUUGGUGAUAUGAUCACACCUGAAGGUUAUAUGCCAUGGCAAACACCAGCAGGUAUCACAGGAACUGACACUUGUUACUAUGGUGAGUACAAUAACCGUGGUCCUGGUUCCGAUGUUAAACAGCGUGUAAAAUGGCAAGGUGUUAAGACUAUUACUUCAGAAGGAGCAGCUAGUUUUGUGCCAAUUAGGUUCUUCCAUGGAGAUGAUUGGAUUAGGGUAACUAGAGUUCCUUAUUCUCCAGGAGCGACUAAAACUCCUCCUUCAAGACCAACUCAUUGA